AAGACUAGGUUCAAAUCACAAGCCGAGAAAUUUUACGGUUCUAUUUCCUCUGCUUCUUCCAGCAUCAUCUUUGAGAGGAAAAUUGAGAAAAUCAAAGAGAAAAUACAUCAUGAAAGUUUGAACCUGUGGAGCUGCUUACAAUUGACUGAAACUGUGGCUCGUUGAAAUGAAAACGGAUGAGAUGGAAAAAAACAACACAUUGAUAAAUCUACCUGUUGAUGUGUUGGAAUUGAUUAUGAAGCGUUUUCCCCUUAAAGAUUGCCUUAGAUUACGAGCAAUAUGCCGUUCUUGUAGGAAAACACAAUUUCUAAUGUCAUUGAAAACAAGCAUUGCUGCCAUGCAUUUACCUGAAUUGCCACUAGUUUCAUUACAGUCCAAAAAUUCAGUGUUCUUUUAUAGCCUGAGUACAAAAAUUGUACUUCCCCUUAGAACACCACUGGAAGAACACUGAUAAAUGUGUUGGCUCAGUUGAAGGAUGGUUGAUUGUAAGUGACUAUUCUGAAAAAGGUUUUGCAAAAAUUUUCUUCUUGAAUCCAGUGAUUGAUGUUAGAAUCAUGAUACCAUCAAAAUUGUACUUGCCCUCCAACUCUUCCGUCCCAGGUAAUAGAAUAUCACGUUUGAAGAAAUUGGUGGCCUCUUCCAAACCAAAUUGUGAUGGUUCUGAUUGUUAUUUAGUCGGUCUUUUGAGUGAUUUUUGCCACAUUGUAAUUUAUAAACUCUUUGACCAGUCAUGGACUAUAGUUGAACCAGAUAGGGAUUCAAAGACUUAUUUUAUGGAUGUGGAAAUUAUUGGUACAAAAUUGUAUGCAAGUAACCCAUCCUCAUAUUCUAUUUUAGUUUAUGAUCUCAAAGACUCCACAAAUGGACCUCCAAAAGCUAAAGUGUUGGUUAAGCUUCCAAAAAGGCCAUCAGAAUUAAGCAUAAUUGGCAACCAUUGUUUAUGUUUUCUAGCCAAAGAUGAAGCGUUGAGAGAGUUAUACUUCAUUUAUACGUUCUGCAAUGCGGAGUUUGAAACUCAAGAUCUUGUCUCUGACAGUUUGAUAAUUACCUCGGCAUUUGUUAAGCCACCUCGGGUUACUGGCUUUGAAUUGUUCAAACUGGUCACAAACAAGGAUCAUAUUGAGUGGAAGAAUGUGAAGCUGGAAGAUAGGGUAGUUUUUGUUAGUAACUAUAAGAGCAUGAUAAUGUCAAGAGAUGAACUCGAUUGGAAUAAAAAGUUAAUUAAGGGAAAUAGCACCUACUUUGUGAUUACGUAUACCCACACUAAGAUUUUAGCAUCAUUGAUGUUCUUUGUAAUAUGUUAUUAGUAAAAAAUUCUGCACACUUGGCAGAUUAGUGUAGAUAAUUUUUACAUUUUGGAUUAUUUUAGCAUCAACCAAAACUUAGUCUUCUUCUUCUUCUUCUUCUGGUUUUCUAUUCUACAUACACCAGCAAUAUGUAACUGUCCCAAGAUUCUUUUUUCUUUACACACUUUAUACAAUCCUCAAAUACUCGAAUACAUUCACAAACAUAAUUCUCGCACAUCUGCAUAUUUUCGCAUACAUUCACAUACAUAUAUAGGGGAUUACAGACCUUUCAUUUGAUUCGUUUUCGGUAGUAGAUGGAUGCUUAAAGUGAAAGACAGAUAUAUUUUGUUUGAGAAUUUGUGUGUGUGUGUCUUUAUAACAUAAGGAACCUAAACAAAAACAAAAGCUACACUAGACU